UGCAAACAUGUCGGGUAGCUACAUAAUACUUUAAGGAGCUCAGUGAGUGAUUUCACGUGUUGGGAAAUAUAAAACAGUGGCGCCCGUGUGAAGUCACAACACUUCUACGGAUCUAACAGAGACAAAUAAACAACAAAAACCAAAUAAAUCAAACCUGCUGAAGUUAAAAGAGUUGCAUUAAUCUUUUAAACAGGGCGAAAAUGGUUGUUAUGGCAAAAAAACCAAAGACUUUUAAGAUUGACUUCCGCGAUUCCACCAAGGUUUUUUAUUCAGGUGGAGAUAAAGUGUCAGGAAGAGUGUUGGUGGAGGUGUCGGAGACUUCCCGAGUCACCGCCAUGAGACUGUAUGCAAUCGGCUGCGCCAAAGUGGACUACAGUAAAGGAAAGCAGCGCUGUAGGGAUGCUGUAGAUUACCUGAAUUAUACAGACGUACUUCACCUGGAUCAACAACCAACAGAUUCGGAUGGCUCUGUUAUUCUCAGACCUGGAAAUACAUAUGAGUACACGUUUGGGUUCGAGCUCCCCCAGACAGGGCAUCUGGUGUCCUCAUAUAAAGGCAAAUUUGGUUAUGUUGAGUACUAUGUUAAAGCAGUAAUGGAGAGGUCCUGUCAGUCGGAUGUAGAGUGCAAGAAGUAUUUUGAGGUGGAGGAACCGAUUGAUGUCAACACUCCUGAACUUACGACUCCCGCCACUGGGGUGAAGAAGAAAAAGCUGACCUGUAUGUUCAUCCCUGAUGGCAAUGUGUCAGUCACAGCAAAGAUUGACCGUAAGGGCUACUGUGUAGGAGAGAACAUCUGCAUUGAUGCCAAAUUUGAGAACUCCUGCUCCCGCAUCAUCAUCCCUAAAGCUGCCAUUAUUAUCACACACACCUAUCGUGCCAAUGGCCGCACUAAGGUGCUCCGUGAAAAGAUCUCAGCUGUCAGGGGCAAUCAUAUCAUCUCUGGCAUGUGUGACAUAUGGCAGGGCAAAACCUUCCGAGUGCCUAAACUAAGACCCACCAUCUUGGGCUGCAACAUCAUCCAUGUGGACUAUACGCUGAUGAUUUAUGUGCACAUCCCAGGAAGUGACAAGCUAACCCUGGAGCUUCCUUUAGUCAUCGGAACAAUCCCCUUUACUGACUUUGCUAGUCGUAGCAGCAGCAUGAGUAGUCAAGUAGGGAGCUCAGCAGCCUCCAGCAGCCUGGCGUCUAUGCCCUCUGCUCCACCUAGCUACAGUGAAAUACCGUUGCAUGGCUGCUUUGACCCAUUCAUUACACCACUGUUAGAUGACUACAGUGAAGAUGACAGUCCUAUCUUUAUGCUCGCCAGAGCAUACCAUCUGACACCACCUCCUGCCUAUACCGAGGUACAAGAAGGAUGCAAUAGCAGAGGCACUGUCCUUGAGUCAGAUUAAACAUUUAUAGUUGCAAAAAUCUUUAACAAGCUUAACAUUUCUUCUGUUAAGUUGUUAAUAAGUUGUUGCAGAGUUGGGAAACUUAUUUAAGGUUUAUUAUGUAAUGUAAAAACAAAAGGAUGAUUUCACUUAUUUGAUAAGCAGGUCUGUGAUGGGUUGGCACUCCGUCCAGGGUGUAUCCUGCCUUGAUGCCCGAUGACGCCUGAGAUAGGCACAGGCUCCCCGUGACCCGAGGUAGUUCGGAUAAGCGGUAGAAAAUGAGUGAGAGAGAGAGUGAGUGAUAAGCAGGUUCUUGAGAACCGCAUUAGACUAAAGCGCUUGAUUUGUAUUUCUUGAUUAUUUCUGGGGUAUCCUCAGUAUUUAGACCUGAAAGGUUUUUUUGUCCAGACGAAUGUUGAGCUUUGCCAUAUUGGUGUAAUGAUGAACCUGCCUUUAUAAUCAUUCCAGGUCGUAAUCUAAAAAAGAUCAUUAGGACUGGUACAAAUCAGUGUAACGAUGGAAAUACAAGGUUGUUUUUUUACUGUAAUGUAUUAAAUUAGAGUUACAAGGGCACAAUAUUAGACUGCACUUUUGAAGAUAUAUACAACUUUGUAUCAGAGUUAAUGGUUUGUUUUCAUUUUGCUAUAAAAUUGAACUUUUAUUUUAAUAAUUAACCUGUUAACAGUGUUCUAACAAUUUGUUUACUUUGAUUAUAGUAAUUACACUCAAUAAUACUGAAACCAUGCAGAGAAACCUGUAAAUAGGUUUUGCUUUGGGAAUUUGAGAAUUAUGUCUUCAGUGUAAAUUUUUGUGCAUAUUUUAUACAUACAGCUAUAUUUGUAUAUAUACAUACCAAAGCGCAAAUUUGGAAAUAAAAGUGUAAUGAAAA